AUGCAUGGCAAAUGCAACUUUCUCCAGCUCUUCUGCCCACCCCACAAAACUCAUAACCUACGCCCCGCAACCAACACCGCCAUGAAUGUCAACAUUACCAAUAUCACAGCCAGCAUCAACAAUACCGGCAUCAUGGCCACUUUUCCUGACCCUCGUUUGUGCAUUCUCACCCGCCUCUUUGCUCAAUCCUCUUCCAAGUAUUCUGUUAUGCAGUCCAAUAGAUCUCCUAUUUCUUUUUAG